GUGACACGAUUGGCCUCACCUGGCUCCGUUGAAACAAGCGGGAUGGCUUGGUCCAGUUAAUAUAUACCAUAGACUGUAUACUGUCAAUGCUGUCACCAUGGCAGCUUGAAGCUGAUUGGAUAUCUUUACGGGGGUUUCUAGUGGCUGGUUAACACAUCCGUCAGCGCGUUGUCCAGUGAGAGCGCAGUGUGUGGGGUAGAGGGACGGGAAGUGGUCGGAGAGUGUGACUGAAGUUCUGAACUGUAAGGAAAAUGGGAGAUUUACAGGAAGGUUCUGGAGUUCCUGCGUUUGAGAAAGACCCUCUGGAGCUGACGGUUGAAGAUGUUUAUGACAUUUCCUACGUGAUCGGAAAAGAUUUGCUGAAAGUGAGCAGAGUUGGAGCGGAGGUGUCGGAUUUGCAGUUUAAAAUAGUUCGUGUUUUGGAAAUGUUCGAGAUAAUGGUGAACAGGUAUAACCUGUCGCUGGAGGAGCUCAGGAUGGAGCGCGACAACUGGAAAGAGGAGCUGGGUCGAGUCGUGGCGGAGGGAUCGAAUGGAAACGUUAACAGCCAGAUAAUUGGCCCUGACAAAUUGGUGAUAGAUUUAAAAGACCCAAACAGGCCACGAUUUACCAUGCAAGAGUUAAAAGAAGUUCUACAGGAAAGGAACCAACUCAAAGCACAGUUACUGCUGGCUCAAGAAGAGUUGCAGCUCUACAAAAGUGGUGUUAUGCCUCAGCCACAGCAAAACAUGGAGAAUCCCCCAUCUGAUCCCCCACUGACCACAGAGGAAAGCAUAGAACACAAAGAUGAGAAGACCACUAUUCAGAAACUGUUUUCAUUUACAAGAAAGUAGAAAACAUCUUUCUAGGAUGAUCUGAAGGACUGUGUAUGUUCAAACCUUUUCUUUGAUUUUGAGGAUUUUUUGAGGAUUUUGGGUCUUUUAUUAACAUCCCAUUUUUAUUUACUUUUUUUAAAUGUUUAGUAAAAUGUUUUUAUUCAACAUAAUGCUGUAUAUAAUGUAUUAACAUUGUGCUAACAGAAAUGUAUAAUUGUCGGAGGUUGUUGUAGGACUGCAUCUAUGUUAGUUUUAUUUAAUCAUAUAUACCUGUAAAAUGUCUGAUUUUUAUAACGGUUGAAUUGUUGGUGCUUGACAGAUCAGAAGACAACGACUUAAUGCAAGCAAUCAAGAUUCUAAUAACGCCUCAUUACCUAGAAAAAUAGAUUUGGGAUGAUGUCAUAAAAACAUUUUCUCUUAAGAUUGUGCUUUGAAGGUAUUAUACCUUCCCUUCUUUAUCUGUAAAUAUAAAGCUUUUUCUGCCUGUUUUUCUGCUUUAACACUUGAGUUUAAAUCUGUGACCCCAUUUUUUUGUAAAGAUUUAUUCUGUUUCCAUAAAAAAUAAAGGUUAUUUGUUUAAAUAAAAAUUAAGCUGCUCUUUAAAAAGGUAUUAAUAAUUUAAAUUUAUAAAAAUAUGGAUUUGGUGAAAUUACUGAACGUAAUUGCUUAGCAUAGCUUGAGCUUCUUCCUUCCUAAUUUAAUAAAUGCAUAUUGAUUUUAAAGUUUGCUCAAUUGGACACAUCUUAAUGCUUAAGAAAUGUGAUGAGCACUACCAGAAGUCAGUUUUAAUACAUUCAACAAUACCUAAAAUGUAGAGAAAAGCAAAAACUCUUCCAGAUUAGCAUUUUUGGAGUGUGUGUGUGUGUUUUAGACUAUUUCAUGGCACUGCAUAGUGUGCUAUGAGUAUUUGUCACUAAUGGGUUUUUUUUCUCAACUAAUAAAGUUAACAGUUAUGCCAAUAA